AUGUACGCGGCAGCUAUAGUGGAGGACGGAAGACGGAACGGGAAUAGACAAAGAGGGGAGCGGGCGGAGGCGUGUGAGAGUGGGGUGGGGGCAGUAAAGCGGCGGAACGGUGAGGUGAGGCACAGCUCAUUCAGUGGGAUCGUUGAGCUGCGGAGCUCCUCGGAUUGUACAGACAGAGGACCGCUGGGUUUGACAGACCCUGUGAGGGGACUACACCAAAAACUUUUUACUUCACCUGCUUUUGAUCAAAGUUCCAACAGUAUGCCUAAACAAGUGGAGGUGAGGAUGCACGAGAGCCACCUGGAGCCCAUCGAGGCCCGGCCCCAGUCCAAAUGUGGUCUAAUAUGUUCCAAGCUGGGCAAGAACCUUUUGCUCACACUCACAGUGCUUGGUGUGAUUUUGGGGGCUGUGUUCGGGAUGUUGCUACGAGUUGCUUCUCCGAUCCAUCCGGACAUCAUCAUGGUGAUCGCGUUUCCCGGUGACAUUCUCAUGAGGAUGCUAAAGAUGUUGAUUUUGCCUCUUAUCAUCUCAAGUUUAAUCACAGGUUUGGCUGGCCUGGAUGCCAAAUCCAGUGGUCGCCUUGGCACAAGAGCUAUGGUCUACUACAUGAGCACCACCAUAAUCGCUGCUGUCCUGGGAGUCAUUCUGGUGCUGGUGAUCCACCCUGGUGACCCCAAACUCAAAGAGAACCUGGGAGAGGGCACUAUCAACGAUGACGUGUCAAGUUUGGAUGCUGCUUUUGAUCUCAUCAGAAACUUGUUCCCAGAAAAUCUUGUGCAAGCUUGUUUCCAACAGAUCCAAACAGUUACUACGAAGAUAGAGAUUGAGCCAGAAAUAAUCAAUGUCACCACAAUGGAUGGCCUGGUGGCAAAUGUCACCAAAGAACCUCAGUUUAUCAUCAAAAAGUCUCUGCAGUUCAAGAGUGGAAUGAACGUCCUAGGGCUGAUUGGUUUCUUUAUUGCAUUUGGCAUCUGCAUGGGAAAGAUGGGCGAGAGAGCCAAACUUAUGCUUGAGUUCUUCAACAUCCUCAAUGAGAUUGUGAUGAAAAUUGUCAUCAUGAUCAUGUGGUACUCUCCAUUCGGUAUUGCCUGUUUGAUCUGUGGUAAGAUCAUCUCCAUCAAAGACUUGGAGGUGGUGGCCAAGCAGCUGGGCAUGUACAUGGUCACUGUCAUCGUCGGACUCAUUAUCCAUGGAGCCAUCUUCCUUCCGAGCAUCUACUUUGUUAUUGUCAGGAAAAAUCCAUUCACUUUUUUCUUGGGAAUUUUCCAGGCCUGGAUCACUGCUUUGGGCACAGCUUCCAGUGCUGGUACGCUACCUGUGACUUUCCGAUGCCUGGAGGAGAACUUGGGCAUCGACAAGAGAGUGACCCGCUUUGUGUUGCCUGUGGGCGCCACCAUAAACAUGGACGGCACUGCUCUGUAUGAAGCUGUGGCGGCCAUCUUUAUUGCUCAGAUGAACGGAAUUCACCUGGACCCUGGUCAGAUUAUAACUGUCAGUCUGACGGCUACAUUGGCCAGUGUGGGAGCCGCCAGUAUCCCCAGUGCUGGUCUGGUGACUAUGCUGCUUAUCCUGACCGCUGUGGGGCUGCCAACUCAGGACAUCAGUCUCCUUGUGGCUGUCGACUGGCUGCUGGAUCGGUUCAGGACUUCGGUGAACGUGGUGGGUGAUUCGUACGGUGCAGGCAUCGUCUACCACAUGUCCAAGGCAGAGUUGGAUGAGCUGGAUGCGCAUGCGGCCAAAUCAGACGACAUCGAGAUGAUGACAAAGACCCAGUCCUACUACGAUGACAUGAAGAACCAUCACGAAAACAAUUCCAACCAGUAA